UAGGGGAGCAAACAAAGAUCCCAAAAAGCUCUCUCGCAAUUUGGCUUGGACCCUACGAAACAAAUACAACCUCCAGUCUUGGUUCACUUGGACUCAUUACCAAAAAGCAAGAGAAUAUGCCACCGACCUUAUCAAUUCAAUUUCUCCCAGCCUCUAUCAACCCCCUAAUUUCCUACGUAAUCUCAUCUCAUUAUCCGAUUAAACCAAAUAUCUAUCUAUAUCUCUUUCUCCAUCUAUAAAUACAUGCACAACCCCCCUCCCCAUUUCACUACUACUGUUCCCAACUUCAACUCUCAAACCUCUCUACAUACCUAUACUAGCUACAAUGCAGGCCAUCAAGAAAUCUCAGCUUGCCAAGAUUUUCUUGCUAGUUUUAUUCCUCACUCUUCUCUUCUUAGCUCCUUUCAUACCAUCUUCUAGGAGGACUUCUUAUCUCUACUUCAUACUUAACCUCCUCGUAGUUGUUCUUGGCGCCGAGGCUGGUUUCCUCUCUGCAAUCUCAAAACCACACGAGGAGAAGAAACCAUUAGUUACAUCAAUGAGCACGGCGUCUCCAGUAACGGAGACUGUAAGUGAGCAGGCAAGCAGGCAACAGGUGAUCAAGCCUGUGAUCAUAGGGAAGCCAUUAGUAGUUGAGGAGGAGAAGAAGGUGAACAAGGAGGGUCUGAAGAGGUGCAAGUCGAGGCCAAGCCUGUUUUUUAUCGCGAGCUUCGAGCCUGAGCGAGAGGAGGAGAAGGAGGAGGUGGAGAUGGAGAAGGAAGAAGAAGUGGUGGUGGUGAGAAACAUGGUAGGAGAUAUUGGAGAGCUUAGUAAGCAGGAGCUUUUUAUGAAGGCAGAGAUGUUUAUCGGAAACUUCUAUAAGCAGCUCAAGAUGCAGAGGGAGAACUCAUGGCAGAAGUUGCAGGGGCUCUACCACAAGGCUUUCUAGUAAAUAAAGUAUAUAUUAUUAGUUAAUAUAUUAAUAGAUAAGGGGGGGAAUGGAUAUGAACUAACAAUUGAUUUUAUAAUGAGCUCUAAAAAGAUACAGUUGUUACGAGACACAAGAUGGGGAACUCAUUAUUGUAUCUCUCGAUAACUCAUUUUGCUAAAUUAAUUGUUGGUAUCUCAUAUCCCCUAACAAUAUAAAGUAUAGUAAUUAUACGGGGUUACAUAAUUAAUUAGGUUCGUAUAUAUAAGUUGCAUUAGUUUGAUGGGGACAUUACUGGAGGAGGGAGGAGCCAAGGCUACUUUUCAUUUGCAUGGUUUCUCUCAUUCUUUCCUUCUUUUUCAUUCUCAUUUAUAAAGGGUCUGUAGAGAGGGUGGGUCGGUAUGAGCAAGGUGUAGUAAUUGUAUGGUUCCAUUGGUUAAUGCAUAAUUAAAAUUUUCAUGUAGUUCAGACAAAACUGCAACUUGUUCUGCGUUUGCUUUCAAAGAUGGCGUGGGCUUUUAUCGA